GUCCCGAGCUGGUUGCUGAGAGCAUGCUUGCGCUGGCUAAGGUGGUGAGGAAGCUGCGCCCAAAGGACUUGGGGUCCGCCUUUCAAGACAUCGCCAGGUCCACCAAGAUGUUCUUUGAAGCCGAGCAAGAGGUCCUUCGCUCUUCAGCCUUCAGCCUCUACGCAGCCCUGGCCUCCUCUGCCUCCGGGAAUAGAUCGUUCUUUGCCAGAGAAGUGAUGGAAACGUGGGUCAGCCUUCUCCUGCACCUUCGGGAUCCUGACCCUGAAGUCUCUAAAGUGUGCAGGACCACCCUGUAUCUCCGCGCUCCAUUUUUGAGGCCUGAAGAGCUGCAGGAGUGCAUCACAACAUCCGCUGGAUUGAGUGCAGCUGACCUGCAGUAUGAAGUUUGCCUUCUUCUGGCCAGAGACGCCCCGGAGAUGUUGGAGAGGCUCUGCAGUAUUGCCAGACGCCGCCGCUUGGAGAAUGGCCAGGCACUGCACGCUGAUGCCAUCGCAGUCCUAGGAGACAUCCUGGAAAAAUCAAGAGGCCUUAGCAGCUCCGGUAGUGACAACGAGGCUCCCGUUUUCAGAUCUCCAUCACCUGUGGAAAGCAGUACAGAAAGUCUCAGUGAAGAUUGAUUUGUGCAAUCCAGUAGUACUGAGAUCAAUAAAGCCUCUUCCAUGGUGGCAUUCUGGAGGAGUUGACCUUUCUUUCCUAGAGACAGGGAAAAUUCCCACUCUGCGGUCACACCGAAGCCUGACAGGAUGCACCCAUGGUGCUUGGGGAGCGGGCCGACGUCACCAUGAGGCCACUGAAUGAUCUUUGAAAUGCUCUGGUGACUGGGAGAGGUUCUAUAGGACAGUGAGAAAGUAAAUGUUGCUCUUCUCUUUGAGAAGGGCUGUAAGGAAGAUGUGGGACAGCGCAGGACACUAGGCCUUCCCUUUUCUGUUGGAGAGCAGUGGUAGCUCAGCAUCGUCUCUGCCUCUCUUCUGAGCCUCUUUCCAGUGUGGGGGUUUGUGGUCCGUCACACAGGGGCCGGAGACGCGGCUGUUGCACCGCUGCCAGUGGUACCGUUGGGAAGCACUGACUCUGAAUGAAUUGCUCCAGCAAGAUAUAUCCAUCUUUCUAAACAAAGAAUUUUACACUGUUGGAGUCAAGUACAACUGCUUCUGCAUACAGAGGAAAUGGGUCGCUUUCCUACACUAGAAUUAUAAGGGUCAUUCUCAGUGGAAAGGUUUGUUCAUCUCUCUUCACGUUGUCUAAGAACCUCCUGCUUGCCCAAAUUUAAUUACACACCUUAAAAGGAAGGUGUAUAAGAGGAAGCGCCUUCAGGAGCCGCUCGCAGGCGGCGCAGACAGCGCGGAUGUGGAGGAGAAGUUGCAUCGGAUCAGCGCAUGGAGCCAGAGGGCACCGGCCCCAGCGUCUGCCCCAGUGCCGCGCUCACCGCUGCCCGCACAGAGCUGCCGCAGCUGCAUGAAGCCGGCGUGCAGCCCGCUGCGUGUUGGCCUGCAGGGGAGAAACUGUGUGGGGGAAUGACUGUCGGGAUGGGAACUGUAGGAAUGCA